GUCUGGACCGUCUGGGUUUCGACAAUCCUACUAAUGAAUGUUUUGAAAAGGUACCUCAACUUUUUGCGGAAAAGGUUUUCGCAACCACAAGGCACGAUGGCGGCGGUGACACAGGUGUUCGCAUGCGAUUCUACAUCCAUCGUCUUUUCUUUAGACGACCAGGUAGCGGUCAGCUCACCUGAAACCCUCACAGCCUUGCAUACCGCAGCAUCCUGCCUCAAAGAUCUCUCCCCAGUCGCCUUUCCUACUGAAACCGUUUAUGGGCUGGGUGCUAUUGCUCUAAACGCGACAGCAGCCCUUAAGAUAUUCUCCACAAAAGGCCGGCCAGCUGACAAUCCUCUCAUCGUACAUGUGUCCUCGCGGCGUAUGCUACAAACCUUGCUUCCACAAAAUUAUACGCUCUCGCCUUCUUACGAGUUGCUCAUAGAGCAUUUUUGGCCUGGACCCCUCACGCUACUUUUCCCCUGCGACCAUAGCCUGAUACCCGACAUCAUUACCGCUGGCCAGCCAACUGUCGCAAUCAGAAUGCCAUCACAUCCGGUAGCACGAGCACUCAUUGCUGUUACCGAUGCACCGCUCGCAGCUCCAAGCGCCAACUCCUCCGGAAAACCUAGUCCCACCCGUGCAGAGCACGUGUUGAAUGACUUGAAUGGCAAAAUUACAAUCAUUCUAGACGGUGGCCCAUGUGAAGUUGGUCUAGAAAGUACGGUUGUAGAUGGUCUACAUGAAGACGGAAAUAUCCGCAUCCUGCGACCUGGCGGAAUUACAGUAGAAGACAUUCAACGAGUGCUCAUCAAUGGCUUCUCCGAUACCGACACACCAAUACCCCAGAUCCUCGUCCAUCGUCGUGAUUUUCGUGACGACGCAUUGGAACAGGCACCUACUACACCUGGCAUGAAAUAUCGCCAUUAUUCCCCCUCAGUGCCAGUGACGCUGAUGCGCAUGACCGAUGUUCCCCUUGGAAUAGAACCUCGGAGCCCAUCCGCUUUUCUGGAGGAUCUCAAGCGUUCGAUGCCACAUUCUCCUAACGCUCUUCGCGUGGGGUUAUUGAUGCCUUCGGAUUCUAUUUUGAUGAAAUCUCUUAUCAGCGAUACGACCAUUCAGUGGCAUGAAUUUCCUUUUGGGCUGGUUUCAGAGCCAGCAAUUAUUGCAAGGCGGCUAUUUGAUGGACUGUUGACGUUGGAAAGGGAAGGGGUGGACUUGAUCUUAGUGGAAGAAGUUCCAGAAGAAAACGAGGGCCUGGCAAUCAUGAACCGGGUCAAGAAAGCAGCUGGGAGCUCGCAAUGGAUUGCUAUUCCCUAGAAAUCGCAUGAAUGUGGCUGCGUUUACAUUAUAAUUUUAAUGAAACUAGAGAUGUAAUCAUAAGGCUGGGCAGCGCGUUUCAUUAUCCAUCAAUCGACAUCGCAAGCAUGACUUGUGACCUUAUCUCAAUUGACAUGCACCAUGCGGUAACGCCGACGAUAAUUGGUUGGCCUUACACAGAAACGGAUGUUGUCGAUGUUCACGGGAGGAGAUCGGC